UCCGUUCGUUUUCCUCGUUCCCAAUCAUCCUGCCGCGCGCCGCACCUAGGUAGCUAGGGUUUCGUCCUGCACCCGCAUUACUAGCAUUCAGUCCACACCAAUGGCUGAGAAGAAGAUGAUUACGCUGAGGAGCUCCGACUACAAGGAUUUCGAGGUGGAGGAGGCGGUGGCGAUGCAGUCAGAGAUCAUCCGUUUCAUGAUCGAGGACGACUGCGCCGACAGCGCCAUCCCGCUCCCCAACGUGGAUUCCAAAACUCUCGCCCUGGUCAUCAAGUACUGCAACAAGCACGUCCACGCCGCCGCCGACGACUCCGCCGCCGCGGAGACCAGCAGCAGCGCCUCAUCAGCUGGGGGCGGCGGCGAGGUCGACCUCAAGAAGUGGGACGCGGAGUUCGUCAAGGUCGACCAGGUGACGCUCUUCAACCUCGUCCUGGCUGCCAACUAUCUCGACAUCAAGGGGUUGCUGGACCUGACCUGCCAGACGGUGGCCGACAUGUUCAAGGACAAGUCACCGGAGGAGAUCCGCAGGACAUUCAACAUCAAGAACGACUUCACCAAAGAGGAGGAGGAGGAGAUCCGCAGGGAGAACUCCUGGGCCUUCGACUGAUGUGUCUUCCGUCGUCUGCCUGUUAGAUUUCAUCUCUUGAGUGCUAGCUUGUUCGUCUUCUGUUAUCUUCUGAUACAUUAAUAAGUACUAGUUCGUUUGUCUACAAUUAUCAGCUAAUAUAUUGGGGAGUUCGUUUGUGA